AUGGGUUCAGUAGAAACCCAGACACCCGUGAAGCCGGACUUUCGCUAUAUUCCGCUCUCAUACAGCCAUGCGGACUCCCAGGCAUCUGCCCUGAGGUUAAUCUUGACCCUGAACCCCCAUUGGGAAGGUCCUGGCAACAACAUCGAGUUCGUGCGCUUCACCGACGGCAUCACCAAUACUCUCUUGAAAAUAAUCAACCUGAAGCCCGGCCUGACGGAAGAGCAAAUAGACAAUGAGGCCGUAUUGAUGAGGGCGUACGGAAAUGGAACAGAAAUCCUGAUAGACCGUGAAAGAGAAACCAAAUCCCACGCCCUGCUCGCCAGUCGCGGUCUGGCCCCACCCCUUCUCGCCCGCUUUCAAAACGGCCUGCUUUAUCGCUUCAUCCGCGGUAAGCCCUGCGGCCACUUGGACCUGGUCUCCCCGCCCAUCUGGCGCGGAGUAGCCCGUCGCCUGGCGCAGUGGCACGCUGCGCUGCCCAGUAGCGCGGCCGCCCAGGUCAAGGAUACCUCCGACCUGCAGCAGGACCCUGAGAUCACCGUAAUCAAGCCCCGCCGCGCCGGCCCGUCGAUCUGGGCGGUCCUGCAGAAGUGGGUGCUGGCCUUGCCGGUCACGACGCCGGAACAGCGUGCGCGCCGCUUAAGCUUGCAGGCGGAGCUGCAGUGGGCCGUGGAGCGUCUCGAUGACGGAAAGGGAAUUGGAGAAGAUGGGCUCGUUUUUUCACACUGCGAUCUUCUCUGCGCGAACGUGAUCGUGCUCCCCAGCGAGGGCAACACUGUCUCCGAAGACGGUACCACAUCGGUCGACUUUAUCGAUUAUGAAUACGCCGUGCCCGCACCCGCGGCUUUCGACAUCUCAAACCACCUUGCCGAGUGGGGUGGCUAUGACUGCGACUAUACCAUGAUGCCGACGAAAUCUGUGCGCCGUGCGUUUCUCACCGAGUAUACCAACAGCUAUUGCGAGACGAGCAGUCUGGAUGCUGCGUUCCAGGCCGAGAUCGUGGAUCGUUUGUAUGAGGAUGUAGACCGUUUCCGUGGCAUGCCCGGUCUGUACUGGGGUGUCUGGGCUCUGAUUCAAGCCCAAAUCUCACAGAUCGACUUCGACUACGCCAGUUACGCCGAGGUCCGUCUUGGCGAGUACUACGCCUGGAAGCGCGAAGUCGAUGGAAGCCGCAAGGAUGCUGGCGAAGAGAUGCCGCUCCGUGAGUCGCGCUGGGCGCAAGAGGCGUAA